AUGCGGGGGGCGAGGCGCGUAAUCAAGAUGCAGGGGCUGGUGAGCGACAAGACGUUCCAUUUGAAAUGGAACAACCACCUGCAGAACUUGAGCCAGCUGUUCACAACCAUCUAUUCAUCGUCGGCGCUCGCGGACGUCACGCUCUCCUGCCGCGAUGGCACCCUCAAAGCACACAAGCUUGUGCUCUCGGCAUGCAGCCCUUAUUUCGAGCAGAUUUUCAAGGAUAACCCCUGUCAGCACCCUAUAGUGAUCCUGAAGGGAAUACCAUUUUCAGAAAUAAAUCUGCUUGUCGAAUUCAUGUAUAAAGGUUCGGUGGAUGUGCAAGAGUUAGACCUUCAAUCACUGAUGCACACAGCAUCAGAACUAGAAAUCAGAGGCCUAGCUUAUGAGGCCCGAGAUAAUGCAGCGCAGUUAUUAAAUGUAAAUUUGGAGUACCCUACAUACUCGCAGACUGUUGUGCCCACACAGCAGACAUUCACGCAAGCACGCACAGAUGUAGAAAGGCUUAAACAGAUACACAUGUACCAGCAGUCUAUGAUGCGAGCGGAGGAGAUCCGACGACGGCGUCGCGAAGACACGCCUGGAACCCACACGGCUGUAAACAACAUCCUGGCAGCCGCCGCUAGGGAGAUGGAGGAGGCCAGGCAGGCGGCGCGUGGCAACGACCGCGUCGUGGCCAGCAUACAGACCGAGCAAGAUGCAGCUGCCACGGCCGCGACAGACUCAAAAAGAGAAUCAGAAGAGGAUCGCCCAAAGAAACGUGUUUCGAUCCUCUCGCCGGAAGACGAUAAGCUCAGAGCGAAGAAGAAGGCGAUGACUGUACGCUUCCAAGACGACAAUAAGACUGAGGAACGCCCUAACAAGAUCACUUCGCCGGGCGCCACCAACAACGAGCCAAGGAACGAGAUCGAAACGAAACAAGGUGGCAUCAAGGUGGUGCAGCUGGCUGUUCUGCAGAAACCAACCAACAAUGAACACGAUGAUUCCGAUGAAAAACCUGGCAAGCUAGGAAUGGAGGACGAUGAAGAGACAGACUCCAGUGGCUCCAUCUCCGAUUCCGCCGCCAAUGAUUCGCAAGAUAGCCGUCCACAUGUUUGCGACAUCUGUGACUUGAGGUUCCAGCGUUCCUCGCAUCUAUCUCGUCACCGGCUGACGCACACGGGCGAGCGGCCCUUCACUUGUGGCGGCUGUGGGCGCUCCUUCGCGCGCUCUGAUAAACUGCGAGUACACACUAAGAUCUGUGAGCGGGAGGAUCCGACCGUGGACAUGACGAACGAGCAGGGCACAAUCAAGCGCGAGAACAGCUCGGAGGUGAUGUCGGGCAUGGUGCGCACGACGCACCGCGAGUCCGGGCACCUUGUGUUCACGGCCAGCGGCGACGUGAUGCUGCCGGCCGGCGUGUCCCACGCGCCCGGCGCCGCAGCCGCCACGGCCGCCGCGGCCGCCGCACCGCCGCCGCACCCCGCGCACGCCGCGCACCCUACGCUCGCGCGCGAUGACCUGGAGCCGCCGCGCCGGGGCCGUGGCCGCCCGCGCAAGACGCCGCUGCCGCUCACGCCCAAGAUCAAGAAGCGCCGCGGACGACCGCCUAAGACGUCGCUCGACAUGGAAGGCUGCGUCCUCACAAGUGGAACUGUGAUGGGCCCAAGUCCCCAGCACAUGUCUCACCUCACUCCCUCGGGUCAGCAGCUGUUGCUUAAACGGAAACGCGGAAGACCGCCGAAGAAUUAUUUCAUGUCGCAAGGAGGUAUGGAUAUGGCAAUACCGAUGCAGUACGGGCUAGCCGCCGAAAUGAGCAAGUUUUACGGACGGCCCAACGAGAAUUACAACGCUACCAACCUACCCUUCGGGGACUUCUCAUAUCUGACGGAAAUGAUGUAUAAUCCAUUGGCGUAUUCCUAUGGCGUGACCAGCGUGGAUCCAGACCGCAAUGUCGACGCAGACCAGAGCGUGACCACAGAAACAUCUCACGACAGGACCAUCGACGUGUCGGACUCCUCGUCCGACGAUGAAGACAGUUCCCGAGUGGAGCCGGAGGAAAACGUGCCGCCCGUUGCCAUGGAGACACAGAUUAUGACCGUCGGUGACUGCCAGAUUGUCAAAUUGCCCCCAAACACUGAGGAGAAAGAGGACAAGACGGAUCAAGUGCAGCCAGAAGCGAAUGUCGUGCCCUCAUCCACGCCGAGUUCAGUCACAAUCACUCCCAUAACCACAGUGGGCGAUUGUACUAUACGACCGGUGGAGAACACAUAA